AUGACCAAAGUCACAGUUUUGGGAGCCGCUGGAGGCAUAGGACAGCCUCUGUCGCUACUGCUGAAAAUGUCGCCGUUUGUCUCCACGCUGGCGCUUUACGAUUUGCGUCUGGCGCCCGGAGUGGCUCGCGACUUGUCGCACAUCAACACCAACUCCACUUGCAAAGGAUACGACAAAGACCAGCUGCAGCUGGCUUUGGAGGGAGCCCAGGUCGUGGUCAUCCCGGCAGGCGUUCCCAGGAAGCCCGGAAUGACACGGGACGAUCUUUUCAAAGUCAACGCCGGGAUCGUGGCCAAUUUGGUGAGUGCAUGCGCUCGUUAUGCGCCCAAUGCCCGCAUUUUGAUCAUCUCGAACCCCGUAAACUCAACAGUUCCGGUAGCCUGCGAGACCCUCAAACAAUUGGGGGCCUUCCAGCCAGGCAAGGUGAUGGGAGUCACUACCCUGGACGUUGUGCGUGCUCAAACAUUCUUGAGUGAUGCUCUCGGUGCCGACAGUUACAGCCGCGAGUCGAUGAAAAAGCAUGUAACCGUAGUGGGUGGCCAUUCGGGUUCGACAAUUGUGCCUUUGAUCGCCAACCCCAGUUUGCGCUCCAAGCUCGUAAAUCGUCGUGCGUACGACGCCUACGUUCACCGCGUGCAGUUUGGCGGGGAUGAGGUGGUGGAGGCCAAGCAAGGCGCCGGUUCUGCCACCCUAUCGAUGGCACUGGCCGGAUUCCAGUUUACAGAUCAAGUGCUUCGCAGCAUCCAUCUCGAAAAACCGGACUCAACACCGCUACCUGCAUUCGUGUACCUUCCAGGCAUUGAAGGUGGCCGCGAGCUACAGUCCAAACUGAACACACAAGCAGAAUACUUUGCCACGCCCGUUGAGCUAUCACGCGGAGACGUGGCUCGUAUUGAUGCCAAAUGGUUGGACUCCGUGUCAGCUGCAGAGAAGAAAUCGUUAGCAGUGUGUCUGGGCGAGCUUGACACCAACAUCCAAAAGGGACGUCGGUUCGUGAAGAGUAAAUUGUGA